CUCGCGGCGUCACCAGACAGAGAGGCAAGCAGCCAUGGAGCACGGUUCGAUGACGGAUUCGACCUCGUCGACGUUCUCCAUCAUGGAGGAAGACCACACCCUCGCCAACUCCGUCAGAUUCGUUCUCAACCAGGACCCAAGGGUGGAAUUUUGUGGGUAUAGCAUCCCUCAUCCUGCUGACAACAAAGUGAACAUAAGAGUUCAGACUACAGGAGAUCCAGCAAAGGAUGUUAUGGUAGAUGCUUUGCAGGACUUGAUGGUUAUGUGCCAGCAUGCAAGGGGGACAUUUGACACCGCUGUGGUUGAUUUUCGAUCGAAGCAACCAGCAGAAAGGAUGGAUAUUGAUCUGAACAAAAAUUUGUAGCUUCUUGGCAAACCUUAAGUGAAUGUUGCAAAAACAAAUACUGGACAUUUGAUAUGCUGUAAGCUAAUCUAGCUGUGUGGGGAUAAAGUCAUUGGGUCUAUUGUAAGAAAUGUUAUUAAUGGCGGGAUAAUUUGCUUCUCACUGA